AUGGAUUUGGUCCGCGGCGGGUUCCAGCCGCGCCUUCCGACUUCGCUGCCGCCCCCAGGGCAGCAGCAGCAGCCGUCGCCGCUACCACGCCGACAGCCCGUCCCGUUGAUGCCUCCCGCGCAGCUUCAUCCGGGAGCGCCCCAGGUGGUCGCUCCGGCGCCUGCGGUCCCUCUUACGUUGCCACCGCCUUCGGAGCUGAUGGACGUCGACCCCUCAGCCGGGCCGCCUUCCCAAGAGGUGGCUGUGCAGCCUGUCCUGCAGCCGCUUUCCUUGGGCGCCCCCAAGGAGUCUGACACCGCAGCGCCUUGUCCGGCGCCCACUCAGCAGCCGUCGACGCAGCGUCAGGAGACGCUGCCUCUCUUCGUGGGUCCCGACGCCCCGUCGCGUCCAGUACCAGAAGCUGCGCCCGUGGUCACAGGCAGACGCACCGCGGUGGCUGUGAAUGGCGGCGCGGCGCAGCCCGCUGUCUCCCGUGGCUGCGGCCUGCACAAUGGGCUGGCGGCGCCGCGUGCCUUGCCGUGCAGUGGCGGCGCGUUAGCCUGGCCGGAACACGGCGCGCCGCUCCCAUUCACGCCGUGGGAACCUUUGGCUCUGGCUAUGCGCCGAGACGCGGGAAGCGCGCCGGAGUAUCCGACAUUCCGCUGCCUGCGCGAGUUCACGGCGCGCGAUCCGCCCGCCACACGCCGCCUGACGUGA